UUGUGAAAGAAGCAUAAUGGAACUAAACUCACAAGAAAGUGCCACAUCAAUAUCAAGUCUAUUUAGUAGUAUAUUGUCCAAACGUGUAGGACCCUCUCGAUUAAGAUUAAAACACAGACAUAAAGCGAGGGAUUCUCAGGUUUCCACUUUUCCGAAGAUAGUUAAACUCGUGGCCGCAUGUUGUUGCUUUUUGGAAAUUGGAAUUGCUACUUCAUUGAGUGGUGCAACAUUACUUGAUCUUAAAGUUGCUCUUGGAACAGUAAAUGAUAAAGAAAGCUUAAUUAUUCUCAAUUUAUCAGCUGGCGAUGUAGCUGGAACCAUAAUCGGAGGAUAUUUGGCCGAUAGAAUGCGAAUCGAGAAAUUAUCAAGCGCCAAUUUGAUUGUGAUGGCACUGGCAGGUUACGCAUUGAACCUGACCAAAGAUAGAGGGAUAAUAUUUGCAUGUUUUAUCAUCUUUGGCUUCACAACUGCUUUCUUGGAAAUUGUUAUGGAAGUUUGGAUAAUGAAUCUUUGGGCUGGUUAUGGAGGGACAAUUACACACGUUGCGUACUUCUUUUUUGGUCUUGGUACUUUUGUUGGUCCUUUUCUAGUUUCUCCUUUUUUAGAUGAAUCACCAAAAAUCACAGUAACAAACAGCAAUCAAACCAAGAUUGAUCUGCCAAUGGACAAUUCUUCUAAUGUAUUUAUUCCGUAUAAGAUCUUAGCUCACUAUAGUCUCUUUUUAUCCAUAUUUUUGGUCAUUAUAUGCAUAGCUUUCGAUAAAAAUGAUAAUCAAUCAAGCAUCAAAGGAAGACAUGAAGACAAAAAUUCGAAAGUUGAUCUUUUGUAUAUUAUCAUCAUGGGUUUCUUUUUCCUUCUUAGCCAAUCAAUAAAUGGACUUGACUCUAGUUUUGGCUUGCUUGUAAUGAACUUUUCCAUUGUGUCUGCAACUAAUUUCACAAAAAAAGAAGGCGUCCAACUUUCAGCUUCCUUUUGGUGUGCGUAUACGUUCACUCGUAUAAUCACCAUGUCGUUGAUGCGAUAUAUUAGUGAUCGUGCAUUAAUGUGGACUCAUUUGGCCAUAACUGGAUCAGGAAUUAUCCUCCUCUUGAUCUUUUAUCCAAGCAAUUUGUUUCUAUGGAUAAGCACCAUUAUCAUAGGUGCAGGCAUUUCUCCAACAUCUCCUUUGGUUCUUUCUUAUUUCAAUCAUUAUAUUAAAGUAACUGGUAAAAUUGCAACGGUCUUCAUGUUAGCUGGUUGUUUAGGUGAAUUUAUUUACCCAACAUUGAUGGAUUAUUUUCUUAGCCGUUAUCCAUUAUCCUUUGUGUACAUAAAUAUUUUCAACAUUUUCUCCGCGAUGGUCUACUUCUUUUUACUUGACAAGUUCAUAUUGAAACGAGAAGAAAGACUCAACUUCGAUCAAGAUGAAGUGUAUGUUGACUGAAAAUAUUUUAAAUACAACCAAUUUUAAUUUAA